AACAGUCAAGGCCGGCCGGGGUAAGGUCGGCGAGCACGCUGGCGAGUAUGGUGCGGAGGCCCUGGAGAGGAUGUUCCUGUCCUUCCCCACCACCAAGACCUACUUCCCCCACUUCAACCUGAGCCACGGCUCUGACCAGGUUAAGGGCCACGGCAAGAAGGUGGCCGACGCGCUGACCCUCGCCGUGGGGCACGUGGACGACAUGCCCCAUGCGCUGUCCAAGCUGAGCGACCUGCACGCGCACAAGCUUCGGGUGGACCCGGUCAACUUCAAGCUCCUGAGCCACUGCCUGCUGGUGACUCUGGCCGCUCACCUCCCCGCCGAGUUCACCCCUGCGGUGCACGCCUCCCUGGACAAGUUCCUGGCUUCUGUGAGCACCGUGCUGACCUCCAAAUACCGUUAAGCUGGAGCCUCGGUGGCCAUGCUUCUUGCCCCUUGGGCCUCCCGCCAGGCCCUCCUCCCCUUCCUGCACCCGUACCCCCUGGUCUUUGAAUAAAGUCUGAGUGGGCGGCA